CCCCCAUUCCAUACCCACACGGUUUUGGUGUGUCCUGUUAAAUUUACCUUCUAUACAUGGCGGUCCCUCACUCUACAUGUCUGUCGCCUUAUACCAGUUAACUACUUUAUUCUGAUUGGACGUCUUGAUGCUCUUAAUGAUCGCGCGUGGCGAUGCCGCAAAUGAUGCAUUGCAUGCCGUUUGAUACUCAUUCUAAUACCCUUGUUUGCGUUUUGAUGCUAGUAUAUGUAUUGUUAAUUGAUUGGCUCGGUGUCGGAUCAAUGAAGAUAAUUUUCUCCUGGCAUUCCACUUUUAUUAUAAUACAUCUGUAUGUUUCCUUUACAUUGCUGUAUGUGCUUUCGUUUUCCCUUCAACGACUGCACUACUUUUACAAAGCUCUUUCAACGACAAUCAUGGCAGAACCUUCAUUCCUGACCAUAACAACGAACGCAAAUCUUACUUCUUGUUUUAUAUCCAUGCUAAACAUAAUCCAUCCAAUUCCAAAUAAGCCACCAAAGACACAAACACUCCAUACCUACCCAAACCCCAAAUACAAGAUGAAUCCCACUCAAUCCCUCCGCAUCUCCUUAACCCCCAAAUAUCUAUAUCUAUCUAUUCAAUCUCCCACCAUCCACACAAGAACCCAACAAACCAGGCGGCUUAACCCUCCAAAGAACAGAACCAAAACCCCCACCACCACCGUCAACAAAGAAAUCCAUUAAGAAGGAAAUAAAACCAAGGAAGAAUAAUGUGCUACUACAUCCAGAUCUCCUACCUGGGCUGUCCGCACACGGAGUUCGAAAUCGAUCAACUGUGCUAUACCGUCCUCGAGCAGC